UUUUAAUACCAAAUGUGAAACAAAACUCGCAUUUUAGGUUACGUGAUCGACGAACCAUACUGUGUGUUGCGAAAAUUAAUGUUUUAAGUGGAUACAAAAUCUGUAAUUUGUAGCUACGUUACGUGUAAUUCCCGUGUAAAAGAAAAUUGUAAUUUCUGUGUACAGGAAAACUAUUUGAUCCGUCAACCAUGGAAGUUGAUCCAGAUCCCAACGAGGUGGACGUUCAAAAGGAGUUUGAGAUGCUACUGAAGCAUGUGGUUUUUCCGAGACAUUUACCACAAUCCAAGUCAGCCAUCUUCCGCAAGGAAGAGCUCGAGCUGCUUUCACAAAUGGCUGCAACCGUUGACAGUUUGCGGUCAUUUCUUCUUUCGAACGGCUGACUGCAGUCCACAAAACACCCACAUCGAGGGUCAUCUCAGGACAAAUCAGUUCUUUACAGCCUGGCGAAAUGUUUGGACUGUUCGUCCACCGGCAGAACUGUGCAUUUAUGUUGUACCGGCCGCACAACAGUUCCAGUCACUGCAAGGACAAUGUGGUCGUGUCAACGUUUCCCGCAAAAUUGGACACAAGACAAAUUCAUAAAGGCACCAGUGCCAUCGAGUACAACUACCCGUCACAGACGUUGAGAGUGAAAUAUUCGCGUUUGCUUUGCUCCGAUGAAUUUGCGCAGCAACUGAGCUUACUAUGCACUGAAUCGCCGGCGCUUGAUUUGCAUAAGGAUUACGUGUCGAAAUGGUUGGUGACAUUGCUGGCCGACGAGGCCAGUCGACUGACAACCGAUGACGAAUUGCCCACCAUCACGAAGAAAAUACGUGACGAUGCCAUCGGAACUGAAUUGAACUGCUUCCGGAGAUCCAGCUUUUACAUGUGCGGCAAGGUGAUGCUUCAAAUAAGCCUAACGAUCCAAGUGGGAGCAGAGAAGGCAAAAUUGAUCUACAAAAUGGUGAUGCUGCAUUUUCACAGUCAAAUGCUUGAGCUUUUCCAAUCGCCCGGCUGUGAGACUCUGUACACAGGUCUGAUGUCCGAAGCGAUGGCAAAAUUGGCGCGUCGUAUCGAGAAACUUGCGGAUUUGAUGUCGGGUAACAAUCAGUUCGAUCACAUGUACGGUUACGUUGUUGACGAGGCCAAGUCGACCAUUGAACGCAUGCGGCACCGAAUUGACGAACAAAUUGACGGUCUACAAUCGGAAGCUGUGGAACAAUCGACCUUGCCGGCACUAGACUGCCUGGAUUUCGAAGCAGAUGUUUGCCAAAACGUUCCACAAUUGACCGAAUACAUUCAGAGCCGAGUCAACGAGAGACCCACUGAUACACAAGCUCCUCGCCUCGAGGUGACAGCGAUGCAACGCCAUUAUCGCGACCAAGACAAUGUACCCGAUGUAAAAUAUUUGACGUUAACUGGCACCAGCGGCACUGAUUCGCAUGUUCAUCUGAUUGAUUUUGAGAAUUGGAUCCUAAAUCAGCAACUGACUCACAACGAUUUCGACUCCGACGACCUUCGGCGAUGGUCUUUUGCUUAUUCGUCGGUUGCUGAAAAGUUCUACAAAGGCGAUCAGCUUGGGAGCAGCAAAAUGAUUCUGGUGCGACUGAAAAUGAUCGCCAUACUUGACGUGAUUGCCGUUGCAGCACACCCAUUGUUCAAACAGCAUCGCUGUUCUGUCAAUCAACUGAUCGUCGAGAGUCUGUUGAUUCCACAACAUCCCGACAUGGAGAAGGCCCAAGAACUGGAAAAAUACUUUGAGAAACGCAACAAAGUCGCAUCCAGGCCGGGUUUAAUUGAAGAGGAAGCAGUGACAAACUCAUCGUUUACGGCUAGGUUUGCCGCUCAAGACGUCGACAUGCAAAACUUGAGAAUCGAAAUUGAGAAUAUGGCUGCCGAGAAAACCGACGAAAAACGGAAAGAAUGGGAGGCUGGCAGGGAAAAGGUUCGCCAAUUGCGUAAUAGUGCGAGACAGCUCGCACAUCAGACGUAUCAAAACGGUAUUGGAAUGGACGUUCAUGAUCCAACGUGCAAACGUUGUCAACUGGAAAGAGAAGCCCGUUCGGUUGUGAUCGAAGAGUACGAAUAUCCGUUACCGGCUGACGAACACCUCGCACACGCUGUCGUUUUUGAGCUACGAUCACCCAUCGAAAUCGUUGCCCUGAGAGACGUACUUGCCGGAUUCUCCAAGUUCUCCAACAACAAAUCAUCGAAAACUCUGAUACCGAAAGGAAACUGGGUCGACUACCACCAGGUCAGACAUCUAAAUCAAUCGGAAGCCAAGUUUACGACCCUAGGCAGCACAACCGAUCGAAAAAUCGAAAGCCAUCACGUCGACAACGAUUUCGAAGUAUUCAAGGUGGCGAAUGGUCUGAACUGCGUGUUCUAUGCAACGAACUCGACGAUAGCGUCCAUUGUCCCGAGUGAAUUCAUCAAAAACGCCUGUACGAUGACAACGGAUGGCGACUACACCGAACUGCAGUGGACUUUACGUGGAUGCAGGCAUCAUCAGAAUGAAGUUAUCGCCAGACAGUCCGAAUGCCCGAAAUCGUUGACACUGUCCGAGUAUCUGCACUUUGGAUCACUUCGGGCCGAUGGCCAUCGAUUGCAGUUGCGAAAACUGUAUGCCAUGAUCGAAUGCGAGUCAUUGUCGUUCGAGAAAUCGUCGGUGUUGUCGUUGGUCAUGCAAACAAUCUGGGAGGCUGGAAGCAACAGUGACAGUGAAUCGUAUCGUGAUUCGUUCACCGAUUUUGAUAAUUCGACAUUCUCGCGUCACAUGAUCGAGUUGCUGGACAAGUUUUGCGAACAACAAAAGGACAACUGGGUGCAUCCCACGAAAAUGCUCAUGGCGACACUGAUAGCGGUCAGAGUGUACGAAAUCAACAUACACGACGACGUGGCCGAUCAAAUUGUCAAUUUACUGGAAAAGAUCCGUAAAAUUGCAUUGAAUUGGAUCGUUCGAAUUGAGGAGUCGCUUAGUGACAUUAAAAACCCGAACAUCGAGGAGGAGCAGAAAUUGCGUGAGAUUCUCGUUCUCGUUUGCAUUGUCGGCACAAUGACCUUCUAUGUUCAUCCGCAACAUGAACUUUUCCACAAAAUAUUCAUGUGUGACAGUCCUCGUAAUUGGCUGGAAUUCACUGUGACCAUCUGCAACAGCGUCCUGCUGAACACCAAUCAACAGGCAUCGUCAAACGUACGCCUGUUUCUGCGACUCGUGCGAAACAUAGGAAUCGGAAUCGAAGCCAAUCUCAAGUCGAUCAUAACGUCGGAUCCACACGACAUUUAUGAGUUUGCCAAGAAGCAAUGGAAACGGGCCGCGAGUGGGAUUCUGCUGAAACACUAUUUCCACAACGAUCGACCGCAACUGUUGGUGUUCGAGGUGGCUUUGGGACCGGUGGUGCAUUUCAUCACUGCCGACCUGAUUACCGGAUCGUUUUUGGUCAACAAUUUGCCCGUUGCACGAUUGCCGACCAACAUCACGGAUAGUCAGCAGUUUCAACGGGUUUUCGGCAAUUUCGUCUUCGAAGUGCAACCAACAUUUGAGCACACUACAUUCUCUGCCGUACAGCGGUACAACGAGUGCCACUACGAAUUUGUGUCGUUGGAAGGCAACACCCUGAUUAUCGAACGUCGUGGGGACGUUGUAAGCGAACUGAUUCCACAUGAGGUGCUGAAGGGUGAAAUACCACAUUUGCUCGUUGAGAAUUACAGCCACUUCUGGAACAAAGGUGCGAACACCAUCGAAUUCCGUCCGAAAUCGUUCAGCGACAAAAACUUCUCCAACGAAAUCGGUGUCGAAUACCGCUUGCUGCUGGAUAAGAAGCGUUUGGUUCAUUUGAAGACGCGACGAUUCAUGCUGAACAUCAACAGCAACAGUUACACCAAAAUCAUCGAACAACUUGCACGCUUCGAGCACAAGAACUACAUCCACAUUCUGAUGGACGAGCAUUCGGCACGGAUUGCAAAAAUUGAAUUGGUUCGAAUGCAACUGAAAUUUCGAGUAGAUGCAACAUCAUUCAGCCAAUCGUACGAUCUGGUGUCCAAUGAGUUUAGUCUUAUGCGUGUCAGUCGGUCGCAAAACAUCGGCACUCUGUAUGGCCUGCAGCACGGUUUACUUUUGGAAAGCGUUCCGUCCGAGAAAAACGGCGCAUCGAGCCCAUCGUCGAAGAUGUUGUUGCUGCCACAUGGAGAAAUCCAAACAACUGUUGCACAACCGCAUGUGACCGUGAAGAUCGACAUUGAAUCCAAUCUGCGGCUACCGCCCUUUCAUCUCUACGACGUCGAUGAAUUUUGUCUGCAGUUGAAAGCCAGCAACAGUAGCUAUUCGGCAUGGUUUUACCUAGCAUACUUACAUGCCGUCACGUCACAUGGUGAGGUUGAGCCGUUCCUCAAAAUGUCUGGUACCGAACGAGCUCUGCAAAUACUACAGUCUGGCUUUGCUUGGUCAUCGGCGCCGUACGAUGCUGAAGCAACGAAAAUGUUGCACGAAAUCAUGAAACUGUCACCCAAACGAGACAUGAAAAGAAACAUCCGAUCGAUCGCCUGGCCAAAGUUCAUUCCGACACAUUCAGCGCACGAUCAAUUCGUUAUUGUCGCAUCAAAAUUGCUGGAAGACAGUCAACGAUUGCGUGCAUUGCAUUUCGAACGCAGCAAGGAUCCUUUCAAAGCGGAUGCAACGCUGCAAUUCAACAAGCAGGAAUAUCUGCGAUAUUUGCCGUUGAUGCCACAGUUGCGAAUAUCCGACACAUUUGUCGAGCACACGCCACUGAAAACAUCGCGACCGGAUCCGAUCAACAUCGAUUUGUCACAGCCGACACAAAUCGUGGCCAUUCUGUAUCAUCGAAACACGUUCCGCAUUCCCGAAGAUCUGAAUUUGAAAGCAUUUUUUAAGGCCAAAUCGAAGACUGUGCUACACGGAAUGUCUUAUUCGGAUCAAGUGUCUCAGUACCUAAACCAUCAGGUCAUCGAAAAUUUGGGCCACAUGUGGCUACCACUGUACGAAUGUGCAUGCAGAGGAGCGUACACCAUCACCCAAUUCACGAUCAUUUUGAGCGCUUUGACACACGAGAGAAAGGAACUGUCACCAAUACUGGCACUACAAGCUGUGGCAAGUAAUUCAAACGUUUUCAGAUCAAUUGUUGCACCACCGUACCCGAAAUACAAUCUGAACGAUGGAGUUUGUAACGCAACCAAAGUGAAAACGCUUCUGAAAAGGCAGUACGCCACUUUCGGCCGAAACCAGGUCCCGACGAUUGACAUAAACAAUAGGGAGCGUAACUCGGCAAGGGCUGUCGAAUUGCUCACUAACAUUGUGCUGUCCAAGUGGCCGUGCGACAAAAUCGAUCUCGAACCGUACCGGAAUGAAGAGACAAAAUGGAUAGACAUAUCGUCUGCGACGCAAUCACUCAACCGUAAACUGAAAUCCUGGUACGCUAACUGGCAACUCGACACGUUUAUCGAAAGGGUUGAAACACAACUGCAAAAGUUACGAACGGUCGUACCCGUUCGACCACCAAACUUACAGACAAUCUCGAAUCCGACGCCACACUGCUGGGAGCAAUACGAAAUUGACUUCAAGAACAAGAUGGGCGAACGGCUAGUGGACUUCCCGACAGAGAUUAUAGAAGCCCGAAGUAUUUGGGAGUGCAAUCAACCAGUGCUGACACGGACAUCUGAGCAUUGGUGGACUGUGUACGGGAAUAUUGUGAACGGACCAAAUGUGAAGCAUUUAAUCGACGCCGGCAUCUAUCCGAGAGUCGUGCCAAGUUUAGUGCUGCCUCAAAUUCAAUCGACACCGAACGAUCUGACGACAGUCAUCGGAGCGCUGGCCGUUACAAUAGCCCACGAACAACGAACGAAACGAGUCCAGUUUUACGCUCAGCACCAGGAACUGCAGCGAUCGAUGGAAAGAGAAGAGGAGAACAAGCCGCACGUCAAUUGGAAACCGUGUGCACAUCCCGAAUGGCUGCUGUUCGAAAUCGAACAGAACCUGACGAUUCGCCGUAUUCAAGUGGAAAUCGCCAAUCAAAUGAUUAGUCCACCAGACAUUGGCAGAAGACAUUCUGUGAUGCAACUCAAUAUGGGGGAAGGGAAGACGUCUGUGAUCGUGCCGAUUUUGGCGUCCCAAUUGGCAAACGGUGAACAGGCAUGUCAAAUCACCGUUCUGAAGCCGCUGUUCGCUUCAAACCUGAAGUCACUGCGUCGAUAUUUGGGAGGGAUGCUCAACCGUAAAAUUUACAUUUUCCCAUGCCGACGGGAUAUGCCCAUCUCACAGCACGUUGACAAAAUAUUGGGCAUCUACGAAGAGUGUCGACGUGAGCGAGGUGUGAUCCUCACUGUGCCCGAAUAUCGCUUGUCGUUCCAGUUGAAAAUCUACGAAUACAUCCGAAAGUCAAUGCUGAACCAGGCCCUACAGUUCCUAACCGCUCACAAAUGGCUCAAUGACAACGUUCGCAACAUUUUGGACGAAUCAGAUGCCAUCCUACAUCCGAAGUACCAGCUCAUAUACACUGUUGGCGAACAAGUACCUCUUGACGGAGGCGCUCAUCGCUGGUUAGCCGUGCAAUCAGUACUGAAACGCGUUCCAAUCCACAUGAGAGCAAUGCACACAAGCCACGGUCAAAAGACAGUCGAAUUCGAUCGAGACUACGUCAAAAAUGGGUUGGUUUAUGGAGCUCCAGAAGUAGAUUUUCGAUCAGACGUAUUCACGCCGUGCCGAAUUUUGGACGAAAAGAUUUAUGAGAAGGUGAAAAUGGCGCUGAUCGACGAUUUUCUGCAAGGCGAAAUGGAUAUCGCCUUCCCGGAGAUGACGGCAUUCGCGAAGCAAGUUUUGCGUCGUUUGCUCAGCCAACGGAUCAUCGACAAAGCAACAUUGGACGCAAUCAUGGUGGAUUUUUCCAUGUCCGAACGCAAUACCAUAAUGAUACUAAGCGGAUUGCUUCGGUUCGAAGUGUUGAAGUUGGUGCUAAUGAAGCGCUGGCGAGUGAAUUACGGAGUGAACGAGAAAUCGCAGCACAAAAUGGCUGUGCCGUUCAAAGCAAAAGACGUGGCCGAUAUGACCGAGUUCGGGCAUCCAGAUGUGGCUCUGUGUUUCACUUAUUUGAGCUACUACUACUCUGGUCUGACCGACGAGCAAUUGCGUGAAACGUUCAACAUUUUGUCCCUUUCUAAAAAUGCGACCUCGAUCUAUGAGAAAUGGGUUGAAAGUGUUCCUGCAGAACUGAUCAACCGCACGACAAUUCGAAUUUACUCCAGUGUCAAUUUGAGCGAUCCUCAUCAGCGCGACGAACUGCUAUUUCCACUGUUUCGCUUCAACAUGCACGCCAUUGACUUCUGGCUGUCGAAUGUUGUUUUUCCGCGUGAGGCGAAGGCAUUCGAAACGAAACUGAUGUGCACCGCCUGGGAUCUGUGCAACGACCAUUUGGCACAUCCGGUCACUGGAUUCAGCGGAACCAAUGACACCAAAAAUAUUCUGCCGCUGCCCAUUGCACAAAAUGAUCUCUAUGAACUCGAGAGCACCAACGAAGAAGUACGGCUGGUACUGUUGCAACAGAAGUACGACCAUCUGCCGGCAAACAUCAGUGGAAAGCAAAUCAUCGAAAAGUUGGUGCGAAAUGCCACACCGGUGCUUCUCGAUGCAGGCGCAUUGAUGUUAGAAUUGAAUAAUCGCGAGGUGGCCACUGAAUGGUUGAAGGCGUCAUCAGACGAAUCGUUUGAUGCAGCCGUUUAUUUCGAUUCGUCCGAUGUUCUUCAAUCGAUCGAUCGCAACGGAACGGUCACUGAAUUCGACUGCUCGGUUUAUCGUGACAAUUUACGUCGAUGUUUGGUCUACUUGGACGACGUUCACACGCGUGGAACCGAUCUGAAAUUUCCGCUGGACUGGAAGGCCUGUGUUACAUUGUCUGGUGAUAUUACACGCGACAAAACGGUACAGGCUUCGAUGAGAAUGCGUCAAUUGGGUAAAGGCCAUUCGAUCGUGUUCUGGGCUUCGUAUGAGGCCGACGUUCGCAUCAGAUCGAUUUGUAAAUUAUCAGCAAAGUCGCCCGUGACCAGUAAAAAUGUUGUGGAAUUUGUAUGCAGCAAAAGCAAACAAUUCGAAACGGAACAUACCGUGCAUUGGACGGCAGGAGCCCAUAACUACACGAAAAAGUUGUUGGGUCACAAGCUGCAUGAAACACUGGACGACCGAGACUCAUUGAAAGAUCUGUACCAGAAAUGUGCCGAUGCGGAGUUCAUCAAACUCGAAGACAUGUACGGUGACAAGGAGGACGCCUUGCUGUCAGAUAUUGCUAAAAGCAAGUUCAAUCAACUGCUUGACGCCAACAAGGACAAUCCCGAAGGCUGUGCUUUCAUUGAAUCAGUGGGAAGUGCUGUCAUUCAGAAGAUAUUGAAACAAGCACCGAAUGUGCGGCGGUUUAUUCAGGCCUUGGAUGAAGAACAAGAGAAAGAACUGGAGCACGAGCUGGAAGAGGAGUGUCAAAUCGAGAAACCACCACCGAUGAGUCCCGCUGCACCACGCUUCGACAAAAUGCUUCGUCGACUGUUCUCGUCAUCGGAAAAUGCAACCGUUCCGCAAACUAUGAUCAAUAAGAACCAGCUGAUACCGUUCCACAGCAGUCUACGCAUCACACACUUAAUUCAGAAUUAUGCGGCCGAGACCAAAGCUUGGAGCGAUCAUUUAUACGUUACCGAGGACUUCAUGCGUGUUUUGAAACGUGAGCGCGCAUUUACGGACAAUUCGGAUUGCGACGAGUACCUCAGGCCGGUCUGGUGGAUUGCGAGAGUCAAUGUGAAAAACGACAAAUUUUACUUGAUUUUACUCAGCUCGUACGAAUGCGACCAACUGAUGCCAGUGUUCAAAAACAGCAAACGAGCCGCUCUGCACAUGUUCCGACCCAAAUUGAGCAAACAUCAAAGUAAUCUGCUGCACGAAACCAGUUUGCAAGUGACUGGCAUGACCGAUUCGCCGAGCAUCAGUGCCAACGAUGAAGCACAGAUCGCCGUCUACGCGGGUUCGAUGUAUUUUAACGGUGAGGUGGAACAGAACGCGUACUGCAACUUCUUAGGAUUGAUUCCGCGACCGAGAAGUGAUGAACACGAGGAUGCCUUCCAACAGGGCAUCAUCAAACCGAACGGCUUUGUGCCGAUGGAAAAUCGUCGCCAUUCGAUCGCCAUUUCGGAUGCUGUCGACAUGUGUAAAUUCCGGAAAAAUCCGGUGGAUUUGGCUAUUCAACUCAUCGAAACUCAUCAUCAACUGAUACGCGAAGAGUCUCACGCAGCGUCGAUACUGAAACGAGGUACGAAACAAAGCAUAACGCCGCGGUAGAGUUUUUUGUUGUUGUCAAUUUGUAAAUAAUUUUCGUUACUUUAAUGGUGGAGCCUACGACACGUGUUUUUGUCGUGUAACGUUCACAUAGCAAAGUAGAAUUAGAAAAGAAAAGAAAAACUUUUGUCGGACUCGGCCGUGACGAGUCCAAUUGAGUGUAAGAAUUCGUUUAAUUUUCCGUUCUAAAUCUUAAGUUCUUUUAAUUUUGAAACAUUUCAAAAAAUCCAAAUCAGAAAUUUUGUUGUUUGUUAACACCGCUGAAACUGUCAAUAAACAGAAA